ACUUUUCGUCUUAGUUGAUGCAUCCAUCAUGAGGGAAAGAUUCAGAUUUUCGAUAGGAUAAUCCACCAAUGAAUUGAUUUUCAUCAGGCUAUUAACUCCAGGAGAAAGGGGCAUAUGAACGAAUCGCUUGAGAUGCAAGAGGAGGUAGUUUGGAGCCUGUUCGAUCUUUGUUGUCAGGAGGACAGAUUGUUGGGAUUUUUUGCACUUGGGACAAGUAAAGUUGUCUAUUUUAUUCACCUUGGUGGACUUCUUGAACUCCUCCAAGCACUUCAUAAUCGUAAGACCCGUCGAGGAAUUCUGCUCCCUAGACGCAUCAUCCUUCGAGUUCUUCGACUUGGAGGACUUAAGAGAAGAGGUUCGGCCAUUUUCACCCACUGCCCAAGCACCAGAGCUCACAACUUCAGAAAGAGAAGCAUCCAGUUCAACUUGUAUGCUGGUAUUGCAGUAUCGGAAAGUGGACGGCCAAACAACAAGAAGUCGCAGAAGUCGUGGACUUUCCUUUCCUUCUUUAGUUAGCCAUUGAGGUAGAAGAAUGGAAGACACUUCAAUGGUAGAAUGUAGCAGCGGAAACUCCUGUUGAAAAUCGAUUUCACGAGGUUCUCCAGGAGCCGCGUCUACAAUCCAGAAUCGGACAUUUUCGUUCCCAUCUCCAACCAAAAGGUCGUUGUAUUGAGGACCACAAUACCCUUUGAGGGAAUUCAGAACUUGGAAGCGCAGAUCAUCAAAUCGAAUGUCAAUGGGAACCUAUAA